GCCCCCAACAUCCCGCCGGGAUAAAGGAGCCAGGACUGGGAGAGAUACCCCGCCCUAUCCCAGCAAGAGGAGAAAACACAGCCCCUGCCGGCCAGGGCCUCCUUCGCCAUGAGCUCAGCUGGGGCUGCAGUUGGGAGUCUGGGCUACGUGCGAGAAUUCACACGCCAUGCAUCAGACGUGCUCUGGAACCUGAACGAGUUACGCCUUCGUGGGAUCCUCACCGAUGUCACGUUGCUAGUGGGAGGUCGGGCACUCCGGGCCCACAAGGCGGUCUUGAUCGCCUGCAGUGGCUUCUUCUAUUCCAUUUUCCGUGGCCGGGCAGGGGUGGGAGUGGACCUGUUAUCCUUACCUGGGGGCCCUGAAGCUGGUGGCUUUGCUCCUCUUUUGGACUUUAUGUACACUUCCCGCCUCCUCCUUUCACCGGCUACGGCCCCAGCCGUCCUGGCAGCAGCCACCUAUCUACAGAUGGACCACGUGGUGGAGGCCUGUCACCGAUUCAUCCAGGCAAGCUAUGAGCCCAUAGGCAUCUCCCUGCAAACACUUGAUGCAGAAUCGCAGGCACCUCUUAUGCCAGCAGCUCCUCCGGAAGGUAGCCCUCACCGCUUUGAGGGGCACCCAGACCCCCCAACAGAGUCCCGAAGCUGUUUCCAUGGCCCUCCCAGUCCAGACAGCCCACCUAGUCUUGACCCCGCAGCCUGCAACUGGAAGAAAUACAAAUUCAUCGUCCUCAACUCCAGGACAGCCCAAGCAGGGACCCCAGCUGGGAAGGCGGACGCUGCUGCGGAACCAGCUGCCUCAGCAAAGCCUGCCGCUGGCGAGGAGGCCUCUAGCAGCAGCGGGGAGGAGGGUUCCUGUUCGGGGGCUGGGAGCAGGCUCUCCCCCGCGCUCGAUCCCCCCUUGCUGCUCACGCACCCCAGCCAGAGACCCCUCGGAUCGCCUUCCGAAGCGUCGCGUCCCCGACCAGAGAAUCAUUUCUUCAGCUGCCAGGACUGUGAGGCGGGGACUGGCUGCCCGGCAGAGGUGGGAUCGCGGGCACUGGCCCCUCUCAGCCCGGGGAACGAAGACAAACCCUACAAGUGUCAGCUCUGCCGAUGUGCUUUCCGUUACAAAGGCAACCUAGCCAGUCACCGCACGGUGCACACAGGAGAGAAGCCUUAUCACUGCGCUAUCUGCGGAGCGCGUUUUAACCGGCCUGCCAAUCUCAAAACGCAUAGCCGCAUCCAUUCCGGAGAGAAGCCUUACAAAUGCGAAACUUGCGGCUCUCGCUUUGUGCAGGUGGCACACCUCCGUGCACACGUGCUGAUUCACACUGGGGAGAAGCCCUAUCCUUGUUCCACCUGUGGAACUCGCUUUCGACACCUACAAACACUGAAGAGCCACGUGCGCAUCCAUACUGGGGAGAAACCGUAUCACUGUGAAGCCUGCAAUCUGCAUUUCCGCCACAAAAGUCAACUGCGCCUUCAUCUUCGACAGAAACACGGAGCUGCCACCAACACCAAAGUCCAUUACCAUGUUCUAAGGGCCCCUUGUUGAGGGCCAGAGUUGUGGCCCAACUUUCCUCCCCUUACCCUUCUCUGGUUCCAGAGCUGAUCGUAGUUCUGUUUUUCACCCUGGGGGAGAGCAGGGGUAGCAGAUCUACUAGAUUUGUUUCCAUUUUGCUGGUCAAAAUCUCUUCCCUUCCCAAUUUUUUGCCUAGUUCCCUAAGAAGAAUUAGUCAGGUUGCCUGCCUUGACAAGGAGCAGAAUUCAAGCCCUAGAACCGAUUUUCAGUUCUUCUGUAAAUAUAAUUUAUUGGAGUUACUGGGUGAGGUUGAUAAUUUUUCCUCACAGGGAACUAUAUUCUCAAUUUUCUCAUUCCUCCCCCCACCCUCAUUAGGGAAUUAUGUGGCUAGAAGUGAUCCACAGGAAGGUGAGGUCCCAGCUCUGCUGGCAGAGCCAAGCCUGGGGACCCCCUCUGUAUCUAAGCUUGAGUAUUUCAUAUAAUUCUUAUUAUUGCCAUUAUACUUAAACUUUUUUUUAAAAGAUAUUUUACAAAAAAAUACGAACCUUUAUUCUAGAGCAGUUAGGAACCCUGUGGGGUAAUGAAGCCAAGCCAUUCUGAAAAGUAAUGGGUCCUGGAUCAAGGCUUCUCUCUGUUCUUAUAGAACAGUCUGACCCCUUGGGUAAUCUAGAUGUAGACAAAAUAAAUCCUUCACUGUGACUCCAUGAGAAGUUUGGGGGCUCUGCAUUACUCCAAAGUGGGGGCUGGUAACCUCCAGAAAUCUCACUGGUCCAUACUUAGUCACCUGAAAGCGGGGGACUGGAUCCUUCAUGGUGAUUCUGAAUAUAAAAUCAUGAGUUUUCUCUUAACACUGUCAAGUUGGGUCUGGGACUUAACCUGGCUUUUUUUUUUUUUUAGUGAGGCAAUUAGGGUUAAGUGACUUGCCCAGGGUCACACAGCUAGUAAGUGUCAAGUGUCUGAGGCCAGAUUUGAACUCAGGUACUCCUGACUCCAGGGCCGGUGCUCUAUCCACUGCGCCACCUAGCCGCUCCUUAACCUGGCAUUUUAAAAAUUAGCUUUGUGCAAAAACUGGGAACUUCUAUGUUGGCUCUAGAGAGGAAUCUAGAAUUCCUUGCUACCCUAGAGUUCAGCCUGCUUAUCUGCUGGGCUGCUGGAACUCCAACUGUGACAUUUUCCAGUUCUCUACAUUGUCUUCUGGAAUGACAAGGACCUUAGAGUCUAUUUGGGUCUAUGACCUUUAGUGUUUUCUCUUCCAAAGAAGAGAAUGACCAUUUAUUUUACCUUGAUCCUGGAUAUUGCCUCAUUGGUCUCCUACUAUAACUAGAAAAUUCUCCUUUUGCUCAAGAAGUCUCGGAUGCUGUGUAAUACUCUUUGGUUGUUGUUGUUGGGGUUUUCUUUUAAACUUAGAAACUGUUCUGGGAUAUCAUUUUUUUUUUUGCUCAUGAACCACAAAAGGCAUCAGAUGUGAGGAGAUGGAUACUAUGGGCUUGAUGGAAUUGAAGGGUUUUGUUAUGACAGAACAUUUAAGGGGCUGGUUGUAAUUGCUGAGUUGAGGUUAAGGGAUUCCAAAAGGACAAUAUGUCAAGACACUCCGUGACUAUCGGACAGAAAAGUAGACUUCUGGGCCCAGGAUUAGAGAAGACAUUUCCAAUUGAUGUUGGUUUCACAAGCUAGGGCCAAAUGAGAACUGCUAGUUAAACAAAGGGUUGGGAAUAAAAUAAAUUCCUUUCAGGGUAGAGAAAGUUUAUUAUAUCAAAGCUGCUCAAUGGAUAGACCGAUUUUCCCUUAUAGAUUAUUUGUGGUGGUGUGGGAGAGGUACACCCCUUGAGUUGGGCAGCUGAAUAUGGUUGGGGUAAGGGCUCAAGUUAAGGGGCCCUUCUUUCGCUAUGCCCAAAUGAAGAUAGAAAGAGGAGAGAAGUGAGAGACCAGAGGUGGUAUUUAGAGGGAGAAUGAAGGAGUAGGGGAAGUGACUGGGAGCUGGAUCAAUGAAUGGAGAUCUAAAAUGACAUAUUGUUUGAGCCUUGGAAUAAAGAAGCAUCGAUGUCAUUUGGUGUUUGUUGGUUUCUUGGUCAGAUCUGGGAUGGGGAGCCUGUGCUUAGGUGAAUUUUAACUUACACUCUCCAGACUAACAACACCAGCCUCUUCCAACUACGCUUUCCCUAUCUUCCGGCUCAUUGCUUGUGAUAUCCUAAAGCUCCGGAGCCACCUGCAUCCUGUCCCAUAUGAGGUAACUUCCUAUGUGAGUCGAGU